AUGCUCUCGGUCGAGGAAUUAAAAAGUCUUGAUCCUGAGCCGGGAACAUUCUGCCGCGACACCGAUCCCCUCUUCCAUGAGGACGAGGAGCUGUCCAUAAUACAUGAGGAAGGGACAUUCUUCCUGGAGGGCCUUGAUGGCUCCAAAGUUGCCAUCACCCUAGACCUGUUGGCGAUACGGCCAUCUACCUCGUCGUCUCGGGACAAAAGAAAAAAAUUGUCUGAGGAAUUAGCUCGGACCAAGGCGCAACUAGGCGCGUUAGAGGCCAAGGUGGCAAAGGUCAAGGCCUUUACCUCGGAGGCACACGGUCAGCCGAUAGAAGACCUUGGUGGAGCCCCCAAAGACGUCCUUGUGCAGCUAACUGAAGAGCACGAAAAGGCUCGGAAGGCUAUGAAGGCCGUGUGUAAAGCUCUAUGGCCCGAGGAAAAAAUGCCUCAGGGAAUGUCUGAGCUCGCCGAACGUAUCAAGGGGGCGCGGCGCCGGCUGCAUGCCUCGAACAUAUUGGCUUGCCAGGAGGAGGCGUGGACCAUGUUCGGUACCGCAAGAAAACUCGAACAGAACUGCGCAGGCAAUAAAAAACAAACCUGGAUACUACUACCACCUACCACCUACCACCACCGUCUCAACCCACCCCCGCACUACUCCCACUGGUCAAACGGGGCUCCCCCACCUCCUGACCCAGCCACCACGCAACGCCGCCCGCCCCGGCCACAAACCACCCCACGCCGCCGGCCACCACCCCGCCCCGCCCGCCGCCGGCCCCCCUGCCCAACACGCCGCCCGGUACCCGGUGCGCCACCCCCAGCUACCCCCUUCCCACCUCCAAAUCACCGUCGACCACCCCCACCGCGCCGCCCCCUCCACCUGCCAUCGAAUCCCACAAAAAUCUGGCCGUCCCUAGCGCCCCACUCCUCCCUCCUCUACCCCGGUGCACCCAGCCUUCCUCCGUGCGGGCAAGCACGGCCACGUCCCGGGUCCAAUGCCGCCUGGGACCCGCGCCACCUUCCCCGAUGGAUCAGGUCUCCGCCACCGGUCCUCGAUCUAGAUCGACCACGGUCGCUGGUCCACUUCUUCUUCGGAGCGCACGUCGGAUCCGCCCCUCACCGGCCACGGCCACGGCCCUGCCCCGCGACGGCCGGCGUACACAACCCAGGCCCCACCCCGGCGCUGCCCAGCCUCCAUGGUUCACCCGAAUCUGACGAGCAGUCGUUAUUUUGUUUGGGCUGGCUGCAGAACCAUCGCAUCUCCCUCCCCUCGAGCCUUCUCCUUUGCUCCCGCCUGAUAAACAGGCAACCACGCAAGGAAAUGUUUGACGACGAAAGGGAAUUCGCUAUGUGCGAGUACUGCGAAGAUGAGCGGGGUCUGUGUGACAGGCCUCACCUGGUAGAAGGUCGGCGCUUCAGCAUCAAGCUACAAGAGACCUUUGAUGUUGAAACGCUUAUCCCAUGCCAUGCAAGAUGUUAUGUCUUGGAGAAGAUGGGUUUUGAAGAUCAUGAAAGCAUGGAGACAAAGAUAAUUCAACUAAGGACCCAUCAUGGUUAUGAUUUUGCUGUAAAUCUAUACAAUUAUGUGAACUCAUCCAAUUUGGUUGCCAGAAUUGAGGAGCUCUUUGCAAGGCAUAUGAUUUUCAUGAGAGUAUGCUUCUCACCUUCGAUCUUGGUGAUCCUGACAUCGACGAAAAGAAUAUGACCAUUUGGGUCCUUGUUGACACGCUUCCAGUUCUACCGCUUAUUUUCAUUUUUCAAAAAAUGUACGGAAAAUGGUAGACAGAACCUACUACUACAAUGAUGAAGCACAAUUAACUUAUAAGGAGAAAGAUGGUCUUAUCGCAUUUUUUACUGAUCUUGAGAAUUACAAUAGCUAUUAUCGAACUCCUCCACAUUAUGGUCAAUACGUGCCACUAGUGCACGUGUUGAACUACGGUAACAUCAAUGGAGAUAGCAUGAAAAUCCCGAUGAAUUGUGUGCCUCAUCUGAUGUUGCCGAGAGGUCGCGUUGAUGUUAUGAGCUUACGGCCGCCACGGCCAGGUCAGCCGCAGUAUCCACAUCAGUCCUGUCCAUACCGGAUUUCUAAAAGCGAGGAAGCCAUGAUAAUAAAUGAUUUCAAAAAAUGUUUCGACUAUCGUAGAGAGCUAUUUGGAAGCAACAUUGUGCGUAGGCCAAGACUUGGAGACAGGAUGAUCUCCGUUCUUUAUUAUGGAGAGUCCAUUUUCCUUAAUGUAGAGUCAAUGCCUAUCUUGUUUUAUGAUAUUUUACCUAAGAGAGGGUAGAGUAGGUCCUAUGAGAGGAGUAGGUCGUAGCUAGAAUGUGUUAUUAUGUGCUACAAUGUGUUAGAGUUGAUGAUGAUGAUGAGGAGGAGUUGUGAUUAUGUCUAGUGACAACUUGUUAUAUGAUGUCUCAUUGACGACAUUGUUUGGUGGUGAUGACAAGUGGUAAUGAAUAUGCUAUUUAAACA